AUGCAAACACCCACUCAGCUCUCGACCGAACUGCAAGAGAAAAAACGCCAAGAAGAAACUUUCAUUCAACCAUCACUUCCAAAUCGACUACCAAAUGACUACGUGUCUUCAUCAGACAUUCGUCAGAUCCUCUAUCUCGAUGACAAAAAACCAUACAUACAUUUAAAUCAACGACCACUUGAUCAUUCUGUUGAAAAUCAAUUUUGUUUAGAAUCGCAAAAUUCAAAUGAAGUAACUAUUCAACUUCAAUCUUCUCUAACACAAACACAUAUCCCUUUUCUUUUGAUGAAUUUAACUGAACCCCCACGUGAUGAUCAUAUUGACAAUCCAUCUGUUUUGCAAUUGAAUUAUACAAAUGAUAAACUUGCUAAUUCUACAAAUGAAGAGAAUUUUGAUGAACAAUCGUGUGAAUUUCAAUUUGGAGAUGAAUUCAGUUUAAAUCGGGAAAAUAUGACUCCAUAA